CGCCCCCUUGUGAGUCAUCAAUCAUUGCGGCUGUUUUCGCUCACGGAUUCCUCUUCUUCUUCAUCGAUUUUUGGCCCUUGGAAAUUAAAGGGCGAUCUCCGCUUAAGUCAACACUUUGUCCCGAAGGCUUUUUAAGAUGUGACCGUGGAAAAGAGGAGUCGGAUUAAAAUGCAAGAAUCUAGUCAAGAGGUGUCCGCCGAACCGGACGGAGGAGUCAGCUCGACGGUCAUUCUGCACUCCUCCUCAACAACAGAUAAUGUGACCAAAAGUGUAACCAACGAGACCCAAGCCGGAUCUUCGACCACAACCAUUCCUAGCUUGGCAAAGUACUGGGUCGUAACUAAUUUUUUCCAAGGCCCAUCAUCACCAUACAGCCUUCCAAUUAAAAAUGGAAAAGAAACAGAAUUAUGCACCGUGACUGAGCUGAACAUGGCGAGUGGCCAGACCGAAGCUCCUCUAGAAACCAUCAACCAGGCUGAGCUGGUGCAGUCCGCUGAGGGCAGUGGGAACCAAAUCGAGUUGGCCUCCAUCGAUUUGAACAAGGAAAAAGUGGAAGCGGCGAACCAACUUCAGCCUCCAGACAGUCUAGUCAGCUGCGAAGUGCAGUGCGAUCUCAAUUUGUCCGAACAGCAGAAUGUGGGACUGGGUCAAAAUGGCCAAGAGCAGAACAAAGGCGCUCCGGCCGGCGAUAAGGAAGAUUCAAAAGAGGAAACUUUCAAAGAAGGCGCCAAACAAGUCGCAAUGCUGGGUUUUUCUGAUCUCAAGGCGUCUGUUGAGCUUCGGAACAUCGACGGCAGCAUUUUCAAGCCGAUCAAUGAUCCAGAACUGGCCAAAACCCUGGGCCUCGAGGUGGCCCAGAAUUUGUACAAAGUUAAUGUAGAUGAAAUCAACCAGCUGCUCGCGUACCACGAGGUGUUCGGGAAACUGCAGACUGACAUCACAAUUGCACCCUCGAGCUCCGCAGCCCCCGCCCUUGCCAACAACACCAAUUCCAUCCAAAUCAUGCCUCCUCCGUCGAAAUCCUCAGAGCUGGACCAACUCGGCACGGCUCACUCUUGUGAACUCUGCGGCAAAAUGUUUUCGUAUCGGUAUCAACUCAUAGUGCAUCGAAGAUACCACACUGAAAAGAAGCCUUUCACCUGUCAAGUUUGUGGAAAAGCAUUCAACAGCAACAAUGAGCUAAGCAGACACGGAAAGUGUCAUUUAGGUGGUAGCUUGUAUACCUGCAGCGUCUGUUUUCACGUUUUCGCCAACGCGAGUGGCCUCGAGAGGCACCAGAAGCGCCACUCCGGGGACAAACCGUACCUUUGCGGCACCUGCGGAAAGUCUUUCGCCAGGAAGGAGCACCUUGAGAACCACAACCGGUGCCACACGGGCGAGACGCCGUACCGCUGCCAGUUCUGUGCCAAAACGUUCACACGCAAGGAGCACAUGGUGAACCACGUACGCAAGCACACGGGUGACACGCCGCACCGGUGUGACAUCUGCAAAAAGUCUUUCACGAGGAAGGAGCACUUCACAAACCACGUCAUGUGGCACACCGGAGAGACGCCCCACGCGUGCCACGUGUGCGGCAAAAAGUACACCAGGAAGGAGCACCUCAACAACCACAUGAGGAGCCACACCAACGACACCCCGUUUCGGUGUCAAAUUUGUGGAAAGUCUUUCACGAGAAAGGAGCAUUUCACGAAUCACAUUAUGUGGCACACAGGCGAGACGCCUCAUCGGUGUGACUUCUGCUCGAAGACCUUCACCAGAAAAGAGCACUUGCUGAACCACGUGAGGCAACACACAGGCGAGUCCCCGCACCGAUGCAGCUUCUGCUCAAAAUCGUUUACGAGAAAGGAGCAUCUAGUCAACCACAUCCGCCAGCACACGGGCGAAACCCCCUUUCGAUGCCAGUUUUGUCCAAAAGCCUUCACCAGAAAGGACCACCUGGUGAACCAUGUGAGGCAACACACUGGCGAGUCGCCCCACAAGUGCCAGUACUGCACAAAAACCUUUACAAGGAAGGAGCACCUGACCAACCACAUACGACAGCACACCGGCGAGUCUCCUCACAGGUGCCAUUUUUGUUCGAAAACCUUCACUCGAAAGGAGCAUCUAGUCAACCACGUUCGGAUCCAUACAGGCGAGUCCCCUCAUCGGUGUGACUUCUGCAACAAGACUUUUACAAGAAAAGAGCACCUGACCAACCAUUUGCGGCAGCACACGGGGGAAACGCCUCACUGCUGCAAUGUCUGCUCGAAGCCAUUCACGAGAAAAGAGCAUCUUUUGAACCACAUGCGGUGCCACACUGGCGAGCGCCCGUUUUCCUGCACCGAGUGUGGAAAGUCCUUUCCUCUGAAGGGCAACCUUCUGUUUCACCAACGGUCCCACCAGAAAGAGCGGCCGUUCAGUUGUGAUGUCUGCGGCAAGGAUUUCAUGUGCAAAGGACAUUUGGUGAGUCACAAGAGGAGUCACGACUCGGAAAAGAAUUUCGUUUGCGGGACCUGCGGCAAAUCCUUUGUCGAGAAGACCAACAUGCUUCGGCACAUGAAGAAGCACGGCCAAAGCGCCUCCGAGUCCUCGGACCAAAAUCCACCCCCGCCACAGCAGCCCGAAGAGCCGACGCCACUGGCCAACCAGCUGGUUUUGGCGCCGAGUGUGCCCGUUGUUGCGGCAUCUUAUUGAAAGUAAAAUCUCAUUUGCGUUGGCUGAGCAUUCUUGUGUACCUGUGGUUCCAGGAUCAAAAUUUCUCUAUUCUCCUCUCUGGCUGCCAACAAAUUAUUCCAAGUUUCUGCUUUUUUAUUAUGAAACACUGAUCUCUAUAAUUUCGAAUUAUAUAUUAAAUUUUUAAAUUCUGUGCUCAGAUUGAGAGCGGAUCAUUUCAAGGGAAUACUUCAAUUCAUUGAAAAAAAUUAAGCAUGCAGUUCCUUUUUGAUAGCUUUGAAAAAGAUAAUUUUUUGUGGGUGGUUUAGGAGCAUUUCCAAAAAUUCAUUCUCACAGAAGCUUGUGUUUUUAAAUAACAAUAAAAAAAAUUGCAUCAAUUCAUCUCGAAUUUUACAAAUUUUUGUCAGUUUCUAGUUAAAAUUACAAAUAAAAAAACAAAUUGCUACUCAAAAAUAUGCAGCAUCUGAGUAGCUGUAUGAACACAAUUCAUACUUAUGGUUUAUGACGAUACGUCUUUUACGCAUAGAAGCACAAUUUUGAAAUAGAUCUAAAGAUUUAGCAAUUUUACAGCCAAAAACCUUACAAGUAGACAGUACAAUCUAUCCUUUUUAAGUAGCACUUACUGAAUUCCCUUGAAGGUAACAAUAAACAUUUUCUCAAAUGAGUGAUUGAAGAUUUUGUGAAAUAUUUUCUAACUUAAACGUGAUUUUGGUAUGCGUGAUUCAUGUAAAAAAAUC